AUGGAUUUUGCGAGUGUAAAAGAGAUAGAAAGUUCAGGUUCCGGUCGAGUAGGUGACGUGUGCUCGUUCAACACCGACUGCCUUAGCGGGAUGUACUGCGCCAUCGGACAGUGUCGAUGCUUGUCCACGUACAUCGCUGUUGAUGCGUACUGCUACGAACGCAUCUCACCGUCCGAAUCCGGUUGCUUCUAUGAUGUCCAGUGCUCAGCUGUAUGGCCAGACGCCUUCUGCAAGAAUGGGCAAUGUCAUUGUCCCAGCCUUGAUAUGGCCGCUGUCAAGACAAGGGACGGCACUCUUUGCAUCUGGUCGAGUUCGACGGAGCCAUCAUGUCCACUUCCGUCACUCCCACCGCCAGAUUCUGCUGCAGCACUGGUUGUACUGCCGGCUCCAUCGGCAAAGAACGCGGUUAGCAUAGCGACCUGCAAUCCGCAAGCGGCCACAGUCCCAUCGACGGAGGAACUGCUUCUUUCUCGGGCCCACGACUUCAAGUGCGCUGUACGAGGAACGGUGGAAGACUCCAUUCCGAGAGACGUGUCUGAUCUUUAUGACUGCAUUGAUAAUAGCAAAUUCUGGCAAGGACAAGGUCUUGACACGAAUCCGCAUCCGAUCGGAGUUUGCUGUAUGAACAGA